AUGCCCGCUCGGACACGGUCUCCUGUGGCCAGCACGGCUGUGGCAGAGUGUCGCGAAAAACGUUCCUCUUCCGAGAACCAGCCUGGCACGCCACCUCCCAGCAAGAAACCCAGAACGACGGCCGGCUACCGGUGGGAGGGCACUCCAUUGCCGCCCCCGAGGACCCGUAUCUGUCGUCUGCGCCCCCGCCGGUCUCUGGCUGCCGUCUUCAGCGCAGUGUCCAAGGACGGUCCGCACGUGCCGCUGCUCCGACCCCGGCCCAUCCGCACCCCACUGGACCUGCUGGAGAGCCUGGCGAAGGAGGAGACGCACCGGGAGUUCACCACCAGUGGACUCUUUGCCAUCCUGUGUCCGAAGGAGGGGUGCGGCACGGUCUGCCGGGAGCCGAGCCGCCACUGUCCGCGGCCCUACCGCGAGUCCCGGCCGGAACUGUGUCUGCCGGCCGAGGUCCUCCUGCCGCCCGGCGCCGGCGCCGGUCUGGGGGCCGGCCUGGACGGCCUGCGCUGCCCCUCGUGCGGCUGGUGCGUGGCGCUCCGCGUCGGCCCGCUCUGGACGCCGCUGGAGCUGCUGCUCAGCCUGGUCCAGUGGCCGGCCGCCGGCUGGCACCCGGUCCAGUCGGUGGCCGAUCGCGCCAUCCUCUACGUGCUCAUCAGGUAUGUCUACGGUGAGCGCGAGCGGUCAUCCGCCAUGCGAGAGCCCCUCUUCGCCCCGCCUCCCGUCGGCGACUCGGCGUUCUUGCUGUUCGCCGAGGGCGGCGAGGCGGUCGGCUUCGCUACGCUGAAGCGGCGCGGACAGCUACUGAGGCCCGACUCCGGACCGGAGACGUUCGACAUGGACGUGCUGGACUGUGUGUUUGUGCGCCGGUACGCGCGGCGGCUCGGCCAGGCGUCCUCGCUGCUGCUGGAGCUGUGCCGCGCCGGUCAGCUGGGCGUCAGUCACCCCACGCCAGCCAUGGACCACCUGCUGCGCAAGUUUGUGCGCCGUCACGCGUGGUGCCGCCGCGUGCUGCACCAGGUGACGUGGACGGCCGGCGAGGGUCACCGGAGCAGCGUGUGGAGCGCCGUCACCCGAGAGGAGCUGGAGGACGCCGAGGAGCUGUACCGGGAGCGGCUGCGGCAGACCCGGGGGACGGGCCGGGUCCCCCGAGAGGACGCCCCUGUACCAGCGACUGUGCCCGUCGUCGUAGGUGACCUGGGUGAUCCCGUGUGGCAGCUCCUGCAUGCAGCCUAAGCAUGCCAGCUUUGGCAGCGUAUGCUCUGUAUGAUAGGGUUGAUAAGAUGCAUGAGUUUUGGUAUGGAACCUUGUGAUUACGAGCUUUUUAUGUUAUUAUUAGGGUCAAUCAUAUGAGCUCGUUUUUAGGAAAAUAUUGAGCUUGUAGUGUGUUACUCAGCGUGCUAGGCCGGUGUGUUACUCAGCAGUAUUUUUUAUCAUUCUCUUUGCGAGUGUCUUUGUCACUCUUUUUGUCACUACAAUGUAAGUUGCUGUCAAACAGUAAGUCUGUUAGUCUGUUAGUUAGGGGCUUUUAGCCGGUUUGUUAGUUAGCAGUAAGGCGUCCGGCGAAGCUUCAGUUGUGCAAUAAAUUGCCUUGCAAUAUAUCCAACAAUGGCAACCACGCCGCUGUGUCCCAUCGUCUGCCAUCGCCCUCUGCUGUCUCUUGUAUCCUCUAAAAAUGAUUUAAUAAAGGGAAAGGUCAUACUUCUCAGGAAAAAGACGAAAGUAACA